UUUGGAACUUUCUUCUCUUCGGUGAAAGCCCGCCGCCGAGAUCAGAUUUAAUACUCUCACUCUAUUCUUCCCUCCAAAACCCUCACAGUCCCUUUCCUCUUCCCGCCAUUUCUUUCCCAUUCUAUUCCUUUCCCCCUUAAUCUCUCUUCCGAUUAGCUAAACCGGCGCCGGCAAACUAUUGCCGGCUUCGCUCCGUCGGCGAUCUCUAUUUGCUGCAGAAGAAUUGAAAAUGGCUUCAUUUGGAGGCGAUCGCGAGGACAUUGAUUGUACCGACACCGAAGUCUUUGAUGGCCAUCUUUCACCGCCCUCAUGUUCUGGUGAGGAAACGGAUAAGGCUUCAUAUUCUUCAGGAGCAGAUCGUUUUUAUGAUGACGAUUUUGAAACUCAAGUAGUAAAUUUUGCUGGAGAAACUCAAGUCGUGAGUCCUCUAAAUGAUGAGUUUGAAACUCAAUUAAUGAAUCCUUUAAAUGAUGAGUUUGAAACUCAAUUAAUGAGUCCUGUAAAUGAUGAGUUUGAAACUCAGUUAGUGAAUCCUCUUGGACAAACUCAAGUGUUCAAUGUUGCGAGUGAAACUCAAACUUUGAGUGUCUGUGGUGAAACCCAGCAACUUGAUGAUCCUAUUCCUGAUGGCAUCGAGUGUAUGGACUUUGACACUCAAAUAUUGAAUGAUUUUGAUGAUGAAAUGGCUGGUGAUUCCUAUGAAGACGAAGGAUCAAAGGGAACUGAAAUUAAUGUCGACAAAGAUCUAACUGAUGAUGAAUCAGCACAAAGUUUCUAUCCAUCCAUGGAGAAGGAUAAGGUUCAAUUGAGCCCUCUUAGUGAACAUGAUGCGAGGAAGGAUUUAAAGGCGCUACCGGACAAGUUGCCUGAUAAAAAAUGUAAUUCAGGGCCUACACGACUUUCUUCAAUACGUGCAGCUUCAUUGCGUUCUUCUGGUUCAGCAGCCCGCAGUUCUGCCUUGCAGAAAAGAAAUCUUGGGUCAUGUUCUGUUAUGAUUGACAAGGAUAUAGAAAAAUCAUCCAUUAAAGAUAAUCAUAUUGAUCAACAGACUGAUCUUGAGCAGUGCUGUGAGAAUGCUGGAGAAUUAGGUAACGUGAAGUGCAGAGCUGGCAGUUCAGCAGUGAGAAAACUUUUUACGAAAGACAUUGUGGGAGACUUCGGAGAUCUUCACUCAAGUCGUGAUGUUGGCGACAUGAACACACACGAGUUGACUGCAUGCGAUGGUGAUCAGUUGGCAGGCUUAAGCUAUGUUGAUUCUCAAGAACCUGGGGAUUUAAUGCAAGACAAUGCUCUUGAUUUUGUCGAUAAGUUUCUUAAAAACAAUUCUUUGGAGUUUGAUCAAGGAGGGGGUACCCGUAAAUUGGAUGCUAUCGUGCAAACAAAGUCGGUUCUUAGCCCUAAAGGGCAAUAUAAUCUGGCCAACAUUGUUAACUGUAUGAGAACAGUUGGAGAAUCAAGAGUUUUUGACUGGGACGAUAAUCGGGAAGAUGAAGGAGGUGGGGAUAUUUUCUGCAGAAGGAAGGAAGAGUUCUUCACUGAACCUCGAAAAUCGAAAGGAAGAAUACCAGACUCGAACUGUGAUAGCAGAGGAUCUUUAAGUAUCCCAAACAUGAAAUCAAGGUUAUUUUGUUCUGAUUCACGCCUAGAGUUGAGUAAAGGAAGCGAGAAUAACGAGACAGCCCGAGAAGCCAAAGUCAAAUGUAAAAAGAAUCUAUACAAUAAACUGGAUCAGCCGAAUGACGGUGAUGCUUGUAGGGUAGAGUCGGAAGAUGACGGCAUUGAGCCUAAUCCGCAAGAAAUCCCUGAUGUAGGUUUUGAUACUCAGAUGGCAGCCGAGGCACUGGAAACAUUAUUCAAUGAUGAGAGUAUCAAUAAGCUAGUUAAUAAUGAAGCAAAUCAACAUUUGGAAAAUAGUCCAAAGGAUUCUUUUCGAGGCUCUCCUACUGGAAAGUCAAACACUAGCUCGAACACGAGGAAAUCCUUGAAAAAGGGAAGUGCUUCUAGUUCCGGGGUUGUCCCGAGGCAGUCCAAGAAAAUAAACCGGAAGUUUUCUGGAAAUUUCAUGAAGGCGUGUGAAAAUGAGACUGUAAAAAUGUCAAGGAGGAAUAAUAAGACAGAUGCUGAUGGAAUCAUUGGUAAUGGAAACACAGGCAGUGUGCCGAGCAAUGUUGCUAAGGUUUCACCUGUUGCACGUCGAACUAGGCAUUCAAUGACAGUAAAUCAAUCGAAAAAGGCUAAGGUUGCAUCUGGUGAAUGUGAGCGGUCGGUUACAAAGGUUGGUCCAUUAAUCAAGAAAAGAAGUGCUGAUCGAGCCACUGGGGACCCGAAGGCAAAGAGAAGAAAACCUCGGGAGGCAGUUUCUAAGAUACUUGUAACCAAGUCGAAAGAAGGCACUAAAAAUGAUGCAACAAGCUCCAUAGGACAACGAAGAUCGUGUGAUAUGUUAGCCGGUCAGGUAAGUCUAUCUGAUGAGUUAGUUGGACAAUCUGUAAUUAGGCGCCCGAGGUCUUGUUCCACGAGGAAAACACGAUCGUCAUUAUGUGUUAUUUCAUCUCUUGCUUCAAAUGCGAACUUGGAAAGAGCAGGUGCAGCUAAGGAUGAAUCUCCUAGUAAAAGACGUAAACCAUCCGACACGGUUUGUUCUACUCCGCCUGAUAAUUGUAGGACGCCUAUAAAUGCCGUAUCACCCGUUUGUAUGGGUAACGAGUAUUACAAACAAUCAUGCAAAAAGAGCCCCUUCAAACCAAGUCUUUUGAAAGAACUUCGUGAUUUAACUGCCACGGGGCUUGUAUCGGGACCUUUAUCAACUGAAUCGAGGAGGAGAAAAGAUAUGAACGACGUUCAAGUCUUGUAUAGUCAGCACCUCGAUGAGGACAUAAUCAAACAACAAAAGAAGACGUUGACUCGCCUAGGGAUUAAAGUGGCAUCGUCCAUGACCGAGGCAACACAUUUCAUUGCCGAUAAAUUUAUUCGUACAAGGAAUAUGUUAGAAGCCAUUGCUCUGGGUAAGCUUGUGGUGACACACCAAUGGAUUCAGAGUUGUGGACAGGCGAGAUGCUUCAUCGACGAAAAAAAUUACAUCCUACGAGACGCCAAAAAGGAGAAGGAAUUUGGAUUUAGCAUGCCAGGUUCGCUGGCGAGUGCUCGUCAGCAUCCUCUUCUAGAGGGUCGACGAGUGUUGAUUACUCCAAAUACAAAACCCGGGAAAGACGUCAUUUCGAGCUUGGUCAAGGCAGUGAAGGGCCAGGCAGUAGAGAGGCUGGGGAGGUCUAUGCUGAAGGAUGAUCAAAUUCCAGAUGAUUUGUUGGUUUUGUCAUGUGAAGAAGAUUAUGAUAUGUGUAUGCCUUUUCUUGAAAAAGGAGGUGCAGUGUAUGGUUCCGAGCUGCUGCUUAACGGGAUCGUAACUCAGAAGCUCGAGUUUGAAAGGUACCGUCUUUUCGUAGAUCAAGUCAAGAGGACUCGUUCGACAAUAUGGCUCAAGAAAGAUGGCAAUAAGUUCCAUCCUGUUACUAAACAUCAUUAACUUCUUUACGGGAUGUUCUCUUUCCGGUAGGUGUUCGAGUGUGUAAAUUAUAAAUUAUAGUUUUCAUGUGCUCUAUAAUUUAAAUUCAUUUUAAUGUAAAUUUUUAGGGCGUUAGAGAAGGAGACAUACAUUAUACACUUUUGUAUGUCAUAAACUAUGUAAUAUAACCUUAUAUAACUUAUGUGACAUUAUAUAACUUAUGUGACAUUAAUGUUGCAAUGUUUUUA